UGAAUCAUUCAGUUGCCCUGAACACACUGUAGCUGCAGUUUGAGAAGCCAGUAAACCUCCGUCCGAUGAAAGCCUCUCUGCUCUCCAGCUGUCCUGCACGUCCACAGUGGCAUUAAGUGUCAGUCCCUACAGGGAAUAAAACAAGGCAGGGAGGAGGCUGAAAUCUGCUCUGGUUUGUUUCCUAAAGUCCAAGCGCUACUGACUGGAUUCCCUUGUUCUCGGGUGCUUGCAUAUGUAUCCAAAAGACAUAGCCUUUCUUAUGUAAGGGUGCUCUUACAUGAACUGACAUGAGUGUAAGAAGAGAUUAUCCAUGCACUAUGUACAUGAUGUGGUUUAUGCUGCUUCCAUUGCUUGACAUCUACGGACAAGAUUUGUAUUCUGAUAAUCCAAAUGCUGUCAGUGUUAAAGCCAGAAGAAUCUUAGAGACAUCUGCAGACAGAACGUCAUCACCCACCACACAAAGUGCAGAUAGAUCACUACACAUGGAAACUACAGCACUAACUCUACCUUUAAUCAAUCACCACCUAUUGUUUGAUGAACUUAUUCAUGAAACUCUUUUAAAGAAGGAUUUUCAUAGCCAGCAAGCAUUUUUCACCGAGAGGGUGGUGGCAGACAUGCACCCCACUUCUGCCACUUUUGCUUCAUUAAAAGUGCUUGAUCCUGCAAUCAAUGAGGUAACACCAGAAACUGAUGACGCUUCUGUUUUCUCUGAACUUGCCACAGCGAUUAGUAUGACAACAUCAACUCCACUGACAGAAUUACCCAGUGCAACUGAGACACCAAGUGCUGUGACACCACUAGGUAUAGAUGCCAGUGAUGGGAGACUAAGAGGUACUCCAGAGUUAGCAAACCCAGCAUUUACCAUCGGUUCAUUAACAACUGCUGCUGUUAGUCCAGUGCUGUCAGAAGAGACAGCAGCCAUACUUCCAAAUAACAGUGCACAUGCCCUCUACACUGAAACUCCAAAGAUGGGAAAGUCUGAAAUUCUUCACAUUUCACCUGGAACUCAGGCUGUUACAUUCAUUACUCAUGACACACCAGCAGCCUCAACUGUGACACCAAGAAAAAGGGCCCAACAAAUGCAGAGUCCCACCAAACAACAGAGUGUAGCAGUAGCUUCUGAUGCGAUGCCAGUAACAUCUGCCUCAGGAGAUGAUGAAGAGACUACCACAACAACCAUUAUCACAACAACAACCAUUACAACACUGCAGUCUCCAGUUCCUUGCAAUUUAAAUUUCACAAGUCCAGAGGGCUAUAUCGAAUCACCUGAACCUUCUGGUUUCAAUUCCUACAGUGGUUUGGAAUGUACCUAUUUUAUCACUGUCUACAUUGGGUAUGGAGUAGAGAUCAAGGUCUGGAACAUCAGUCUGGCAGAAGGGGAGAUGAUAUCUGUGGAAAGCGUGAUGGGAGAGGAACCUAUUGUCCUCGCUAAUGUGUCCUUGCUGAUGAAGGGCCAGGUAAUUCGCAGCCCUGGCAACCAAGUCGCCAUCCACUUUCAGAGCCCACAGCUGGUGAAUAUGGGCUCAUUUCAAUUUCAGUACCAAGCAUACUUGCUUAGUUGUGGGUUUCCACAGAGACCAUCCUUUGGAGACGUGUCUGUCACCAGCCUCCAUCCUGGAGGGGAAGCUUAUUUUUACUGUGACACAGGAUACCAGAUACAAGGAGAGACUACACUGAGCUGCAUCAAUGCUACCAGGCCAUUUUGGAAUGACAAGGAGCCACAAUGUGUUGCUUCCUGUGGUGGAGUAAUCAGAAAUGCGACUCUUGGCCGAAUCAUAUCUCCUGGUUUCCCUGGCAACUACAGCAAUAACUUGACAUGUCACUGGCUGCUUGAAGCUCCAGAGGGCCAAAGGUUACAUCUGCACUUUGAGAAGGUAUUACUGGCUGAAGAUGAUGACAGGCUUAUCAUCAGGAAUGGAGACAACAUUGAUGCCCCCCCAGUAUAUGAUUCAUUUGAAGUGGAGUACCUUCCGAUCGAAGGCAUCAUCAGUGGGGCCAGACACUUUUUCCUGGAGUUAACCACAGACAGCUCAGGCACUUCUAUUGGUAUUGCUCUCCGAUAUGAAGCAUUUGCACAUGGACAUUGUUAUGAGCCAUAUGUGAAGAACGGAAAUUUCAGUACUAGUGACAGCACUUAUGCAGUUGGGACGACAGUGGAAUUCUCCUGUGAUCCUGGGUACACUCUGGAACAAGGCUCCGUGAUCAUUGAGUGCCUUGAUAUCAAUGACCCACAGUGGAAUGAAACAGAGCCAGCUUGCAGAGCUGUCUGCAGUGGUGACGUCACUGAAUCUGCUGGAGUGAUUUUAUCCCCAAAUUGGCCAGAAGCCUACGACAAGGGUCAGGACUGCAUAUGGGGAGUACAUGUGGAAGAGGAUAAGCGUAUGAUGCUAGAUAUUCAAGUGCUAAAUAUUGGCAAGAAUGAUGUCCUGACUAUCUAUGAUGGAGAUGACUUAACUGCAAGAAUUAUGGGACAGUUCACAGGUGUGCAUAGUCACCUGAAGCUCUACACAUCCAUGGCUGAUGCUACCAUUCAGUUUCAGUCAGAUCCCGCCAGCCCAGUCUUUGGAUACCUGCAGGGCUUUGUUAUUCACUUCUUUGAGAUUCCAAGGAAUGAUACCUGUCCAGAACUACCAGAGAUUCAAAAUGGUUGGAAGAUGACAUCCCAUCCAGACCUGAUCCAUGGCACUAUUGUGACAUACCAGUGUUAUCCUGGAUAUGACCUCGUAGGCACAGAGCUGCUUAUGUGUCAGUGGGACUUAAGUUGGAGUGCAGAUGUUCCUACAUGUGAAAAAACUACUACGUGUCCUGAUCCUGGUGAUAUCGAUCACAGCCGACGAGUGGUUUCUAGCCCAAGGUUUCUGAUUGGCUCCACAGUGCAAUACAUCUGCAAUAAAGGCUAUGUGCUGACAGGAAGCAACAUUCUUACAUGCUACAGCAGGCAAUCUGGGGCUCCAAAGUGGAGUGAUCGGCUCCCCAAGUGUGUUCCAGAGAUGUAUGAACCUUGCAGAAAUCCCGGAGUUCCAGACAAUGGCUUCCAAAGCCCUGAAAAGAGAACCUAUCAGGCAGGGGAAGUGCUGCGUUUUUCUUGUUACUCUGGAUAUGAGGUGACAGGGGAGGCAAACAUCAGAUGUGUGCCAGGGCAUCCUUCACAGUGGAGUCACACACCACCUGUCUGCAAAGCCUCUUAUGAUGACGUUUUCAAUGCUCGCAAUGUGGAUGCAGUAGCAAAGGCUGCAGCAUCUAAUAACCCCAUGGAAGGAGCCAACAUCACUACUGCCAUCUUCAUUCCUGUGGUUAUCGUGAUCUUUGUCAUAGGUGGCCUCUAUCUCUACUUUGCAAAGCUUCAGGGAAAGUCUCCUUUGCAGCUGCCACUCACUACAGCUCAUCCAUAUGACCACAUCACUGUGGAGUCUGCCUUUGAGAAUCCGAUAUAUGAGACAGGAGUAAGUAAUGAGCCUCUACAACUCCAAGUCCCGGAUCCUGUCGAGACACGUGUCUUUACCUAAUCCAGCUCAUCUGUCCAUCUGUCCACAUCAUCUGCUGACCACUGUUGCACUUGACAGUCUCCAGAACCUCCCUAAUUCCAUUAUUACCUUCAUGGCUUCACAUUUUGUUUUAUAUUUUGUUACUGAGAGUUACAGAAGGCUGUGCCGGUGAUGCAAGAUUAGCUAACAAGCCAUCUCCUGUGGUCACCAGCCAGAGCACUGCUUGUAACCCAAUAAUAAUCUGUAUUGUUAAACAACUUCCUGGGAAGAUGCCAUCCUUAUGGUUAACCAAACUGAGUUUAAAUAGAUUUUAUAAUCUUGUAAAGAGAUCUACCAAUACAACUCCACAAAAAAACGAGGUGCAACACAUGGAUGGUAUGGAAUAUCAGCCUCAAACAUUACCUGUACAGCAAAUUCACAAGCAGGGCAUUUGUAUAAAGUAUUGUUUUUAUUAACCUUUUUGGUGUACUUAAUUCCACAAAUUCAGUCCAAACUUUCCAUGUAGGUAGCAAAGUGUCAUUAUAAAGCCUGCUGUUCAGACCUCAGAUGCUGUAACUCUGUGGCCACCUGCCCUAUUCAUGUGUAAUGACUGAUGCUAGCAUGGCAUUCAGGUAAUUUAGGACCAGAAAGGUCAGGACUAUCAAAUAAAUAUUGUCUGUGUUAUUGGCUUUCUGCCAGUCCAGAAAAAUGCAGUACUCUGACCAUGUGCCACAGAUGUGGUAGGUUAAAAAUAUUGCCUUGUAUUCAAGAACUCCGCAUACAAAAAGCCAAGUGGGUUUAAAUAUGUCUUUAAUAAUAUAGUCAAUGCACAACCUAAAAUAUGACAUGUAUAACUGAAGUUAAAUAUAAAACUUUGGGGGGCUGAGGGGACUGCUAUAAACCAUGAAAUGGUCUGAUUAACUUAUUUCCUCAUUUGGACAGCCAUUCACAAAGCACCACAGGUGGCCAUCAAGGUGGCUACCGUUCUGCUUGCGGAAAAGUGCAGAGACGUUGGACAAAAGGACGAGCACAGCAGUAUUUGAGAUCUUAUUAUCUCUAUUAUGUUUUUUAAAGGCCCAAACUAAACUCUCUUACUUUCUUAAAGAAGCUGGGAGUCCGUAUAAUGGUUAAGGUGUUUACCUCUUAGACACACAAUGCACGGUUUGCUUCUCACCUUUACAAGGGAAAUUGGCCAGGCUUAAUAUGGCCCAUAUGAGCAGCUAGCUAAGUACUUACCUGUAAACCUAUAAAGGGAGCAGGUUAUACAGGUUGGGAGGGUGGCCUAAUGGUUAAGGUAUUUGCCUUACAAACACAAAGGGCAGGGUUUGAGUCUCACAAGGGAUAAUUGGCUAAGCUUAAAAAUGGCUUGCAAGGGCAGUUAGCUUAGUACCAACCUAUAAUUACAUAUGAGCUUACACAUCAGUCCAUAAACUCACAAGGUUUCAAAUUACUUUAGCUAUUUAGGGAGCAUAAAUCAGUAGAAAUGACCUCAUAUAUUCCUGUUUUAUGACAUUUAUUUACAUAUUUAAUUUUAUUUAUUUCCACUUUCAUCUACUAAGCUAAACCAGGGAUGUCCUGGGGGAACAGCCUUUAGAAUUUGUUCUUGUCUUUAGGUCCUGCAUUAUGAGAAAUAUAUGCAUUUGUCCAUGUUCUGUCUUACAUAUGUACAGACAUAUGUUCAAAAACAAAAUCACAGCUGUGUAAACUGUAGUAUAUUGUUUUUGCUGCAAAUCUACACAGACUACUUUGUGAGCAACAGACUUCUAAAAGAAGAUAAGCUACAGAGCACAACAAAAUAACUAAGAGAGUUGCCCUGCUGCUAUUCAACUAGUAGUGGUACCUUUAAAAUUAGAAUAUUAAAGUAACAAUUGUGAAGCAAAGCCCCCAAAGAGAGGUUUUGAAAGGCACAGCUCUUCACAUGUACAAAAGAAGCAAGCCGGUACAGUUUUAUAAAUAUUUUAACUUGGCUGUUUGGUUAGGCUAUUGCUUUUCCAGAUUUCAGAGCUGCCAUUUUGCAAAACCGCGUUACAAAACACAGAUAUAUGUUAUACUAGAGCUAUUCAGCAAGCAUCUCCUCUGUCUGGUUAGCUGUGUAAGUAAAAUGUGCACUGUAACAAAAAAAGACAAGAGACUGCUGCCAAACAUAUGGGAACAUGUGCAGGAUUGUGUGAGUCCCACCCUAAGAACUUCUUGGGUAUGGUGGUGCAAGAGGGGUAGAAAUGAAGGCGAUUGAUCAGUGGGAGGCCUACUGCUGUACUUGCCAUUCAAAAGCAGAUUUUAUAUUAUCCUUGAAAUACCACAUGUUACACUGCAGCAUAGGAUAGAAUUUUGCUGUGAACUAAAGUCAGUGACCAUCGUCUCACCCCAGAGUCCAAUGAUUGCAGCUCUUACUGUGUUGUCAUUUCCUCCAACAACAAUGUGCUUCUUCAGUUGAUUGCCUCCAGUAAAAAAUGUCCCCGGAUUUGGGUUGUGAAACUUUUGACCCAGUGAGACUAACCUGGUUAACAAGUAAUUGUAACAAAAAAUAGGGUAGAUGGUCUGUAUGACCACUGGCAAAUGGGAGACCAGCACCAGUAGCUGACUUCUGCAGUACUAUAGUGGGAACAAUUUCAGCCAAAAAACGUGGGCUAUUGAAGUCUCUCUGUGUGGUAGUCUAGGAGAUGUUGAAGAAGCAUCACUGUUAAAUAUUCACUCUCCCACUCUGUAACAGAAAUGGUACAACUUGACUUACUGCGCUGUUGAGAGAAAAGUGGUAGAAAGUUGGACUUAGAAUGAAAGUCUGCAUUAAUACAAAUCUACUUAUAUUCAGUCACACAUACAGAGAAGUAGGACAUCUCAAAGUUACCCAGGAUAUGUGGAUUCAGUUGAAACCUCCAAAGACAACUCUUGCUAUGGUUUAAGUGUUUAGGAAUUCCAAGAAUUACAGUGUAUACAUCCCGCUGAGGGAGUACCACUUGGCAUGAUAGGACUACUGAAUAGCCAUCAAUUAUUUCAUUCAGCCUAGUGUGCUCUGCUUCUACUAGGCUAAAUCUACAUUUCUCCAGCAGGUGGUGCUGUUUCAGAAUAUUAACAGAUACUGAAGGCACAAAGAAGUUAAAACUAGUUAGGUGAGAUGGUACACAAUUUGGAUGUGGAGUUCGAACUUUUUAGCAGCACAUUCUAACAGCUUGAAUUCUAAAAGGAAAAGUAAAUAAAAGGAUGAUGCGGAUGAAGAAAAGGCAAGGGAACUCCUUGCUACAAUAACUGAAAUAAGCAUUGUACAUUCUGUUUAUACCUUGUAUUAUAUUGUAAGAUGUACGUUAGUUCGUUAGCUCCAGGGCAACAGUUAGUUUGGACAGGAAAUGGUAAAACAGUCACAUCCCAUUUAGAUGUCUUCAAUAUAAAUGACAUGCCUAAGAGUCCCUUAGUACAGUGUCUCUAUACUAUACACCAUAUAUACACUAUAGGCAGGAAAUAUCAGGAACAACCCACUCAAUUUUUUUCUUCCACGUUCCUUUGAUACUGUAAACACCAUUAAAUAAAUGGAAGAGUAAAUACUAAGGCAA